CAGCGCCAGAACGUGAUAGUUGUUGCGUUCCUGCGACCAGCGAAUAUAUUCUAUUGCCGUACCAUUUUGAACACAAUCAAAUUUAUUUACAUAUAUCAGCAAGUAAUGAAGUCGUAAUAAUUGUCGUGUUCAGGAGAAAUCUGAAGCUUCUUUGGCUACUACAUCUCAUAAGAUGGAACAUCAAAAAAAAACUCAAAACGUGAAAGCAGUUCCAAAUAACAAAAAUGCUGAUUCAAUAUUAGCUGAAAAUAAUAGUUCACUGACAAAAUUACUCAAUUAUGGUGAUUCAAGAAAUGAAACCAAUACUAACAAAUCAAAUCUACGGGGGGCAAAUAAUGAACGAUUUAAUAUUUCAUCACCGCAAUCCUCCGAACUUGAAAAUGAGAUUAUCGAUUUAACAUUAUCUGAUGAUGAUUCAACAGAAAUAAGUCCCACUACAUCAAGUCUAUUAUUUACUGAUACUCAACAAUUGGAUGUUUCAUCACAAUCACCUUUCAAACUUGUAAUUGAUGAUAACGAAUUAAUAUUAUCUGACUAUGAUUUGAGAACUGAAUAUAAUCUUACUACAUCAAGUCUACUAUUUGUAUACUAUCAGGAGAAUUCUUAUAUUUUAUUAAUACCAUCCUCCGAACUUUUAAUUAAUGAUAACGGAUUAAUUUUACCUGUCGAUGAUUUGAGAACUGAAAAUAAUCCUGCUAUAUCAAGUCUAAUAUUUGUAAACUAUGAGAAUAAAUCUUAUAUUUUAUUUAUAUCAUCCCCCGAACUUGUAAUUAAUGAUAACGGAUUAAUUUUACCUGUCGAUGAUUUGAGAACUGAAAAUAAUCCUACUACAUCAAGUCCACUAUUAGUAAAUAAUCAGCAAUUAGAUGUUUCAUCACCACUAUCAUCACCCGAACUUGUAAUUGAUGAUAACGAAGAAUUAAUAUUAAUUGACGAUGAUUUGAGAACUGAAAAUAAUCCUACUACAUCAAGUCCACUAUUAGUAAAUAAUCAGCAAUUAGAUGUUUCAUCACCACUAUCAUCACCCGAACUUGUAAUUGAUGAUAACGAAGAAUUAAUAUUAACUGACGAUGAUUUGAGAACUGAAAAUAAUCCUACUACAUCAAGUCCACUAUUAGUAAAUAAUCAGCAAUUAGAUGUUUCAUCACCACUAUCAUCACCCGAACUUGUAAUUGAUGAUAACGAAGAAUUAAUAUUAAUUGACGAUGAUUUGAGAACUGAAAAUAAUCCUACUACAUCAAGUCCACUAUUAGUAAAUAAUCAGCAAUUAGAUGUUUCAUCACCACUAUCAUCACCCGAACUUGUAAUUGAUGAUAACGAAGAAUUAAUAUUAACUGACGAUGAUUUGAGAACUGAAAAUAAUCCUACUACAUCAAGUCCACUAUUAGUAAAUAAUCAACAAUUGGAUGUUUCAUCACAAACAUCAUCACCCAAACUUGUAAUUGAUGAUAACGAAGAAUUAAUAUUAACUGAUGAUAAUUUAGGAACUGAAAAUUAUCCUACUACAUCAAGUCCACUAUUAGUAAAUAAUCAACAAUUGGAUGUUUCAUCACAAACAUCAUCCAAAAUUGUAAUUGAUGAUAACGAAGAAUUAACAUUAACUGACGAUAAUUUAAGAACUGAAAAUAAUCCUACUACAUCAAGUCCACUAUUAAUAAAUAAUCAACAAUUUGAUGUUUCAUCACCACUAUCAUCACCCAAACGUGUAAUUGAUGAUAACGAAGAAUUAACAUUAACUGACGAUAAUUUAAGAACUGAAAAUAAUCCUACUACAUCAAGUCUAUUAUUUGCAAAUACUGAAGAACUUAAUAUUUCAUCACAAUUGUCUUCCAUACUUGAAAUAGAUCAGAAUCGAUCAUCUAACGAUGAAUAUCAAUGGAAAUGUUAUAAAGAAUGUACAGAAUUUGAUAAAUUUAAGAACAUUGUAAUAAAUAUAAAUCGGGACGUUUCCAAUACAAAAACUUUCAGGAAAUUGGUUUCCUUAUUAAAAAAAACGCUAAGUUACAUAUUAAAUUGGUCAAUAGUGCCAAAUAUUAAGAAAUUGAUUAAAAUAUUAUUAUAUAACCAGAAACAUUUGAUGCCUAAACCGAGAUUAAGGUACAUAGAAUAUCCUGAGUAUAAUAAUAAUUCCUCGGAACAACAUUCAUUAAAUACAAUGGUAUCGGAUUCAAACAACGAAAGUGAAUAUCUGGAACAUAGCAAUAAUUCCUCGGAACAACAUUCAUUAAAUACUAUGGUAUCGGAUUUAAAUGACAGAAGCGUAGAACCACCUAAAAAAAAAAUCACUAUCUCAGAGUAUUGGAAGAAAAAACUCGUCGCACAACAACUAGCUACAAGUGCUCAAGAGCUUACUGUUGAAAUUGAAAGUGUUUCAGAUUAA